GAAGGUGACGUCCUCCUGGUCCCGGGUGAACGGCGUCACAGCCGAGAUGUGUCAUUUCGACGAAUAAAUUGCUGAUGCUGUCCCGUGUCUCAUGCAGUUCUGUGGGCAUUAUGAGGUCUAAGAACGACCACUAGUCCGAACACUGCGGCUUGUUUACACAGAUGAGAAGCCCCCUCUUUAAAUCGUUCUUUCUCGGAUUAUGUUUAACGCUAUGAGGAUGAGCUCUUCGACAGGCAACAUGUCCCUUAUCGCGUUGACUUUGGCGCUGCUUACCGUCGUCCUCUGCACUUCUCAGGUCAGUGGAAAUGAGGACUGCCUGUGGUACGUGGAUAAAAACGGCACCUGGCACAAUGGCUUCGACUGCCCUCUCAUCACUUUCUGCUGUGGGAACUGCCACCGGCGCUACUGCUGCCUCGACGCAUUCAAGAUGAUCACGGAGAGGGAGCAGAAACGCUGCAUGCUCUUCCAGUUCAGCCCCAACACUUUAGCUGGCAUUGCCUCAUCUAUUCUCCUGUUUGUGGCGAUCAUAGCCACCAUGGUUUGCUGCUUCAUGUGCUCCUGCUGCUACCUGUACCAGAGAAGGCAGCAGAGGGGCAGGACCCCCUAUGACGCCCAACAGAUCCCAAUGGCCAGUUACCCAGUGGAGCCCAUGUAUGAUGCUUAUGGCAAACCCCUGGGACCGUCUGAGUAUCCACACGUAGGUUAUCCAAUGGCGCCCCAGUACCCCGGCAUGCCGCCACAGUACCCUAUGAUGCAGCCCGGACCGUAUCCACCUCACCCAAUGGAUCCUGCAUACAGUCAGGCUCCUCCACCGUACUCUCCACCUCAGUAUCCUGGCCAUUGAUGAGCUCACCUCUAAAAACACACAGCAAGGAAACAACAGCAGCCGAGAGAAAAGACUGUUUCAGAAGGGGAAGGCAGCACCACUCUCUCCAUCUCUUUUUCUGUCUCCUAUCUCAAACCACUCACAUCAACAACAGCCCAAAAUGACAGCUCCACUAGCAGAAGUUUGCUUGCGAAAUAAAACCAGAGGCACUGAGAGGUUUUUCUUUUUCUUUGUCUUGUUCAUGUACAACAUUGUCUUACUUUUCCCUGGAAUCUUUACGUUCUUUAAAUUCCCCUCUGCAACCCGACGCCUGAUCACUCCCAGUUGGUUUCACAGAGGUCGUCGCACAAUCCACAAAGCGAGGACGUGUCCGGCCACUGUCACUUCUACUGUGAAACACUCAAAGACAGGGUGUACCUAAAGACAGGGCUCAGUACUUUAUAAGGAGGGAAUCUCUAUGGAUUUUUAACAAUGUAAGUGUCCUCCUUUAUUUGUCAAAGGGAAAAAUGUUUCAAUUCCUUAAUUUUUUGUGAAUUUGACUAUUUGACAACUGAGGCUACAUUGCAGAUCAUUCCGACCCAUUCCACAGAUAUAUUAUGUGAUGUUUAUGUAUAUCUUUUUAAAUGUUGCAGAGGCUUAAGUGAGAAACAAAUAGGGAUGUUAUGGUUUUGAUUCUUUUUUAAGGCGGUGUGUUUGGAUCAUAGAUUUUCUGGAUUUCCUGCUACUCUUCAGUCUGUGUAACAAUUUUUGUCACCUUCUUUCAUAUUUGACUUCACAUACAUAGUAUGUUAGCAGUAUGCGUCUAAUGUUAGCAUCUUUGAUGUCAGCAUGCUCCCCAGUCCAAAUGAUCUGCCCUCUCCUGCUUCUUUGCUGGUUUUAAAUAAGAAGUUAAGUCUGUGGAUUAAUCUCAUUAUAUCAGGUCGGAGGUCUGGCAGUGGAAGUUCACGUAACAUAUCAGAUCAGGGGAAGUUGCAGGUCAAAACAAUAUGUCCCGCCUUACGAUAAGUAACAAUAAAAAGUCAAAUAUUAACUUGUUAAAAUUCAUAUUUUGUAAAUCUGUUCUUCUGCUGAAUAUUUUCUGAUGUUGUAACAAUUAUUUAAAAAAAAAAGUAUACUGUAACAUAAGAUAAGAUGGUCUCCACAUUUGACUUGUUGUCAUUGACAUUUAACUGUGAAUGGGUACUCACCUCCUGGACUAAGCUACAAAGCCAAAAAUAACACUCACUGUUUUCAUAAAUGAGAUUUUCUGUUUUCAAAUGACAGAUUCAGGACUUGUAAACUGCGAAUAAUUUGUAAAAUGGGACAGGGUUUUGCAUCUUGAUCAGAAAAUAAUGGUCCUGUGCCCUUUGUAAGAUUUCUGAACUGAUGUCUGAAGCAUGGGUUGUAUAGUUAAUGUCUUUUUACUAAUAGGAGGCGUCUGACUGAUGUUUUCAGGGGUAACACACUGAAUAACUUAACCUUGAAGUACUUUUGAAAACACUGCUGAUCACAGAGGAGGCUUUCUCCCAUGAUUCCUCAACACUUUGUUUCACCGCUUAACCUUGCGAUGAGUCAAGUGUCCAGUAGAUUACCCCGUAAAUUAUUUAUCCUGACGGCGACAUCCAUGUGUACAGAUUUGUUGAGCCUUUGUAAAGCACAAAGAGAAAACUGGAAUUUUCUUUGUAAGAUGCUUUCAUAUGUAGUUUGACAUACAUUCGCUUAAUGAUGUUUCUAUUUAUUUGUGCUUCAGAUCAACUCCAUGAGUGUGUUUUAACAAACUGAGAUCAGUUGCGAAGUAACUUGUCUAGAUAUGGCUUUUUGUCUGUUGUCAGAUGGAUGGUAAGACAUUGUAUUAUAAAGUGAGUUUUUAUUUCUAUUAACAUAAAAUUUAACUUUGGAAUGUAAA